AUGAUGACUCUGAACGUUACGCAUUGUUCGUUGACGAAAGCCGAUGUGAUUUGCCUCGGGGAAGUGUUGCAUCGCAAUUCCUCCUUGGACAGCUUGAGAGUUCAGGGCCUGUCGAAAAUCGAUCACAUAUUUCCGCUCGUCAUCGGUCUACAAGAAAACACCUCUUUGCAGCUCUUGGAUAUAUCUUCCAGUCAUGUUACGAUGACGGACUUUCCGUUUCAGUGCUUCGUGCAGAUUCUCACUCGGAUACGAUCGCUGAAGUCGUUGAAUAUCUCUGGCUGGACUGUGAAAUUGGAGGAAGCGAGAUCAUUGCAUUGCUUGGGAAGCUUUCUAAAAACGUGCACCAUAAGAGAUCUGAAUUUGGCUGGAUGCAAGAUAUUCGUCUCCGUGGAAGAUCCCGAAAAAGGAAAAUAUGAUUCAUUGCUGGAAACUUUAUCUAAGGGUCUUCAGCCAUAUCCUGAGUGUGAAGUCGCCUUCUUGAAUCUGUCCGGCUGUCAAGUGAUAAUGAUGACUUCUCGCGGACAAGUGAGCCUGCAGGCGUCAGAUCUGAUACCGUUUUUAUCCCCCCUAGCCAAACUGACAUCUUUGAAUGCGAGUUUGAAGCGUGGUAAUGACCCUGUAUGCAAGAUUGGGGAGAAGACAAUUAUCAACUUUUUUCAAAGUCUUGGUAGCAAACUCUCCAACUUGAGGCGUUUGACCAUUUCGAAUUGGUCGGCGCAAAUUGAAAACUCCGAGAAAGCCUCAAAAGUGAUAGCAAAAUCAUUGAAGCAGUUGGAUCUGAAAGCUUUGACGGUCAACCGUCUGCAAGUCGUGGACGGUCUUGGACAAAAAUCAUUGUCGCAUAUUUUUUUGUCAACUCUUCUGCUUGGACUGCCGCAGUUGACGUAUUUUUCAAUCAAAGGGACCGUAAUGUCUGUCGAAGAGGCUGCUGUUGUAGCCAGGUGUAUAGCGGAGAGACAUAAAGGUCCGUUCCUGGACUUGUCCGUGCGACAUUUUCCACCGGAAGUGCUGAAAGAGUUCCGUGCGGUUUUGAUUGCCUCGGGGAAAGUUUUCCCGUCUGUGAUACGCUGUGCUGCGUGUCACAACGAGGAGCUCAGAAUUGAACUGCGGCCUGCGCAGAACACCGGAGUUUGGGACGCAUUUGCAUGCAGUCUCAAGUGAAGAAUUUCUCUAACGACUAUUUCCUUCGAAGAGUUUUCCACGCUGAUCGCGACCGUACCUGUGCCAAUAUGAAUGUUUUACACUUGCCUUCGUGAUUUGUGGCGGUGAAGCAUGCGCUGUAAGUUUUCGUUAUUUUCACUUGUAAAGGUUCACUUUUGACUUCCAUUGAAAUUUUCUUCGGAUUGCUGUGAUAUAUUUUUCAUAGAUCGAAGCGUCGUUGAACUUUGAGCCAUAAUGAUGGAUUUAUAGCAAAAUUCCCUUUAAUUCUGAAUGUAGAUGAGUUGCUGUUGGCCUGCAAUUGCUGGUGACAUCAACACUUGAUGUCCAUUUGAGUUAUAGACUGGAUUUCCUAAAUGCUGUGAUGUUUGCUUGGAAUAAUUUAUACCUGGUGUUGAUGUUUUGAAACUCGGAAUACAAUUGAGGGUUAAACGAA